AAAUCUUUUGCAGUUAUUAGCAGCCGGGAGGGAAUCAAGGGGAAGGUGGCGGAACCGAGGACACCGACUACCGCAAAACAAGGGACCGCGGGCCGUAAGAGCAGCAGCCAUGGGUUAGACUGCAUUCACCAUGUUUGCGAAAUAAAAGCACCCGCACCUGAAAAUGUCUGCCCGGGGUGGCCCGGCCGCAUUCCCUGCGGGUUCCGCUCAACCGGACAUGCCGGACCUGAGCCACCUCACCGAGGAGGAGAGAAAGAUCAUCCUCUCGGUCAUGGACCGACAGAAGAAAGAGGAGGAGAAAGAGCAGUCCAUGCUGAAAAAGUUGCACCAGCAGUUUGAGAUGUACAAGGAUCAGGCGAAGAAGAUUGGGGAGGAGGCCCAGAAGAAUGAAGAGAAGAAGGGUGACUCGCCCACUUGUGGGAUCUGCCACAAAACCAAGUUUGCCGAUGGCUGCGGCCACAUCUGUUUUUAUUGCCAAACUAAGUUCUGCGCUCGCUGUGGAGGACGUGUUUCCUUACGGUCCAAUAAAGUACGUCUGGCUUGUUUCCGUCACCAUAACGUCUGUAGUCAAUCACUCACUGUCUGUCAGUCUCUGUCUGUCUGUAUCACUGUGUGUGUGUCUGUUUGGCAGUACUGUCUGUCAUUGCCAGUUGUUGUACUGUAUAAAGACUGUCUAUGUGGCUCUGUGUGUGCAUGUCAUAUAUUAAAUUGCAUUAUUGUGCAGCUGUGGCUGGAUUUGGGGGCUUUUGAUUAAAAAGGAAGUUAACCAUUUAAUUCCAUGACCACAAGAGGGUGCUAGAUUGUAAAAAGCAAAUAAAACCAAAAUGUAUAGUAUGCAUGUAUAGUAUGUACUGUAUAUAUGUAUGUAUGAAUGUACGUUUGUAUGUAUGUAUGUAUGUAUGUA